AUGAAAGUUUAUACAGUAGCAAGAUUGAAACCAGGAGAAACAAAAAUAAUAAUUGAUAAAAAUUAAUUAAGAAUUCUUGAUAAAUAAUAUGAAUUUGAUGUAAUUUUAGAUGAGUAGACAAAAUAAGAUGAACUAUAUUAUGGAUUAAAUAUUGGACAAUUGCUUGAUUAAUUUAAAAAUGGAAUAAGUUAAGUGAUUUUUUGUUAUGGAUAAACAGGUUCAGGCAAAACUUAUACAGUUAAUUAAUUAAUACCUAUGAUUUUACCUAAGAUCAUAGAAAGCAAAUUUGAAAUUUCCUUUUCUGUUCUCCAAAUUUAUAAUGAAAAAAUAUUGGAUAUGCUUUAUAAAUAGCAACUGAAAUUAAGAUAUAAGAAUAAUGAAUUUGUACCAGAAAACCUAACAAAAUUUAUAUGUCGUUCCUAAGAAGAAUUAACGAAAUUAUAUAAUAAAGCAAAUAAAAACCGAAUAAUUAAUUCGCAUUCUUUAAAUGACUUUUCAAGUAGAUCACAUUGUAUUUAUACAUUUCAUGGUUAAAGCUCAGAUUUAUAAUGUGAAUUUAAUAUUGUAGAUUUGGCUGGUUCUGAAAGAUUAAAUUAAACAAAAGUCUAACAAAUUUAAGAAAGUGUUGAAAUAAAUAAGUCUUUAUUUUAUUUACGAUAAGUUAUUUAAAAUUUAGCAGAUAAAGUUUAAUAAAUACCUUAUAGAUAAUCAAAAUUAACAAGUAUUUUAAAAAAAAGUUUAAAUGGAAAAUCAAAUAUUGUAAUGGUAAUUUGUUUAAAUCCUUCUGAUGAAAAUUUAUAAUAAUGUUAAUAAUCUGCAUAAUAUGGAGUAAAAGCUAGAACAAUUAUUUUACAACCAGAAUAAUAAUAAGAUGAUUAGUAAAGAUAGAUUAGAGAAUUGAAACAAUAAAUAGUAAAUUUAGAAUAAUAAUUAAAAAUAGCUUAAAAUACUAUCAGAUCGUUGAAAUAAAAUUAAUAGAUUUAAUAAUAAUAGAAUAGCAUCUAAAUGGAAUAGAUUAAUUAAAUUAAUAAUCUUUUGGGAUAAAAUAAAAAGUUGAGAGAUUAAUUAUAAUAGAUUAAAGAUGAAAAUUUUUUAUUAUAGUAAUUAAACCAUCAAAUGUAGAAUGAAAAUUAAGAUUUGAGAGAUAAGAUAAAUAUAUUUGAGGAAAUAAUAUCAGAAGAUUUAAAGAAAAAUAAAGACCCUUUUAAAAAAGAUUGGCUAGAAUUAUUCUAAGGUGAAGGUUCAAACUAUUUAGAAAUAAUGAUAAAUAAAUUACAAUUUUAUAAACAAUAAUAGGUUAAAUAGAACAAUGAAAGAAUAUUGAUGAAUCCAAUAAAUCAGACAGCAAAAAAUGGAAGAAAUUAAAGAUCUUAUUCAAUAGGUAAACGAGAAUUUAAAAUUUGA